AUGAACAUAACUCAAAAAGAUAUGAAGCAAGAACAGAAAGAAAUAAAAGUUGAAAUAAGAGAAAUUAAAGACCAACAAAAUAAAACAAACGAAGCUCUACUAAAAUUGACAGUAGAAAACGAACAAUUAAAAAAAGAAAAUCAGGAUAUAAGAAAAGAGAAUUCAGAAAUAAGGAGAGAGUUACAAGAAAUGAAAAAAGCAGUCGAAAUAAUCGAAAAAAAUAGAAGAAAAAACAAUAUUGUAAUGAAUGGUCUAAAAAUGGAUACAAAUGAACCAAGCAUUCUAAAAGAAAGAAUAAAAGAUUUUUUUAAUAAACAUCUUCAAAUUGAUAUCGCACCUAUAACAGUUAAAUAA